AUGGGUUCACCAAAAUUAGAGACACUAGUGCCGCUUCUAUCUUCCUUUGCCCUUUUCACAGUGCUUUUAGUCAUCAUUCCACAAGGUCCCAUUCCUGCUUAUGCCUCCACGCUAGAAGCACAAGCCCUUCUCAAAUGGAAAUCCAGCCUUCACCGUAACCAAUCCGCCUCUUCUCUAUCUACAUGGACUCUCCCUCCUCAAAAUGCCACUGACUCCAAUGCGGCGGCGGCGAGCCCGUGCGGUUGGUACGGCAUCUCGUGUAACCUAGCCGGGAGUGUGAUUGGAAUCAAUCUCACCAGUUCGAACAUCAUAGGUACACUCGAUGAGUUCCCGUUCUCGUCUUUGCCAUAUCUUACAUAUAUCGACGUGUCCAUAAAUGAACUUUUCGGUGGUAUUUCGUCUCAAGUCAGUCUUUUAACCAAUCUCACCUUUCUUGACGUCUCCUUCAAUCGACUAUCUGGAAUAAUACCGCGGGAGAUUGGUGAGCUUACGAAGCUCGAGAUGCUUUACCUUCACUCUAAUGAGUUGAAUGGCUCUAUCCUUGAUGAAAUAGGUCAGUUGCGUAUGCUGAACAAUCUUGGCUUGUAUUCAAACCAGUUGGAUGGAUCUCUUCCUUCUUCCUUGGGUAACUUGAGCAGCCUUGCUUGGCUAUACAUCUCUCACAAUCCACUUUCUGGUUUUAUUCCUCUUGAAAUGGGGAAUUUGACGAACUUGGAGGAGAUUUACAUGAGUUACAACUUCCUGACAGGGCCAAUUCCUCCCACUUUUGGGAAAUUGAUGAAACUAACAGAAUUGCACGUAUUUCGUACUGAACUUACCGGUUCCAUCCCAUCGGAGCUUGGGAACUUGAAACUUCUCCGGAGACUCUGCCUAUACCACAAUAAUCUUACCGGUUCAAUCCCCUCAACAUUAGGCAAUUUGACAGAGCUUACCCAUUUUUAUCUACAUGAGAACCAGCUUUCUGGUAAUAUUCCUGAUGAGUUAGGAAACCUCCGGGCUAUGAUCCACGUGGAGCUACGCCAAAAUCAGCUCACCGGUCCCAUUCCUCCUUCUUUGGGUAAUCUGACUGACCUACGAUAUCUAUACCUCCGCCGUAAUCGACUUUCGAGUUCGAUUCCUGGAUCCUUAGGAAAUCUCCGGGCUAUGCUCUACUUACGUCUGGAUGAAAAUGAGCUCACUGGUCCAAUUCCUUUUUCUUUCGGUAAUUUGACUAACCUACUCCAUUUAAUCCUCCACUACAAUCAACUUUCGGGACGCUGGCCAAUAGAAGGUUUCUCAAAUACAUCAUUGUCAGUAAUUGGUUUGUCCUACAACAAAUUUGAAGGCCCACUUCCACUUCCAUCACCCUCCACAUAUUUCUAUUCGAUCGCAAACAAUAAAAUAGAGGGGAAGAUCUCUCCUUCGAUAUGCAUUGCCACCAUCCUCUCAUUUCUCAUCUUGUCUAAUAAUAGCUUAAUUGGUAGCCUACCCGAUUGCUUAUCAAACUUCAGCAUUGGUUUAUCGGUUUUGGACUUGCGAAUGAAUCGUCUUUCAGGCACAAUCUCUAGAAGAUUUUCACUGCGAAGUAGCUUGAGAACUCUUGCCUUGAGUCAAAAUCAAUUCGAAGGCACAUUGCCACAAUCCCUUGCCAAUUGCAAAAACCUCGAAGUUAUAGAUUUCAGCAAUAAUAAGAUAGAGGAUAAUUUCCCGGCAUGGCUGGGAACAUUGCCAAAGCUAAAAGUUCUUAUUCUGAGGUCCAACAAUUUUAAGGGUCGUUUGAAUUUUCCAAGGCCUAUUUGA